UUCACGCAUGCGCGGUGACUCCUUCUUUUCUCAGCAUCAUGGCGGCUCCCGUAGACCUCGAGUUGAAGAAGGCCUUUGUAGAGUUGCAGGCUAAAAUGAUUGACACCCAGCAGAAGGUGAAGCUGGCAGACCUGCAGGUCGAACAGCUGAGCCGCAUGAAGAAGCACGCCAACCUCACGCAUGCAGAGAUCACGUCACUCCCUGACACCACUCACAUGUUUGAGGGAGCAGGACGCAUGUUCAUUUUACAGUCAAAAGUUGAGAUCACCAAACAGCUUUUGGAAAAGCAGAAGACGGCAGAUGAAAAGAUCAAGGAGCUUGAGCAAAAGAAGACAUACCUGGAGCGCAGCGUUAAAGACGCGGAGGACAACAUCAGAGAGAUGCUGAUGUCCAGAAGGGCCCAGUAAAACACGCUCACACUCACU